AUGGAAACUCAGGUGCUUCUCAGCGCCGCAGUUUCGCUGCUGCUGCUGCUGCUCGGGCUGCUGCUGCUGCAGCGCUGCAGCAGCAGCCAGCGCGCCGCAAACCCCGAGGAACUGGAGGGUUUUGAGGGGAAAAAUGGAGAAGUUGAGCGCCAAAUGAAGAAACUAAAACACAAAAAACAAAAGCCCAACUUCAAAUCAAAUGCGCAUCCCCCGGAGGCGCCAAAGCACUCCUUGGACCCCCAGCAAACACCGAAUUUUCGCGAAAAUGAACUUUUUGUGGAUUUCGUUAAAGGAGUCAACAAACCCGUGGACUGCAUCGCCGUGGCCCCGCAUGCGCCCACGGAAGGACGAAUGGUUUGUUUUGAAGUGAAAAUUGAAAACAAGAAAGUGACGGGAAUGAAAGAAAUACACCGCAGCAAACACCCCCUACAAAAAGGCGUCGUCGCCCAACUGAUUUCUGGAAAAGGUCCUUGGGUGGUAUCUCGGGGAGAUGGAGACGACACAGAGCUUCGCGUCCACUCCUACGAAGGAGAUCUCCUGGCCUCCGUCGACACCAAACAAGUCCACAACCUCCAGCUUUCCGUCAGCGGCGACGGCUGCCUCUUCGGCUGCGCGGCGUGGGCCCCGGGAGUAAAGAUUUUUGAAGUGAAGGCAAAAGGCGGAAACUUCCAAAAGCUGGAAAAAGCCAUGGACGUAAAAAGCUCUUCGG